AAUUAACUCACAUGUUAUUCUAAAUCUAUUUUGAUUAUUUCUUUUAAGUCCAAAUUAAGGUUAGAAUUUAGGAGUAGUAAAAUUUUUAUAAAAAGGUAAAAAUUAUAUGUAGAAAUCGUUUCAGUUCUUCUAAAGAAUAUUCUGGUUUAUUAAAAUUUUGAGGGAAGGAAAUCACAGAAAUGUUUACUCAAGUAGGAGAAUCCAUGGAACAAGAAUUCUCUCAAACAAUAUCAAGUUUAGUUAAAAGGUUAAAAAGAAAGAAUGGUGUAACAGGUAUUUCUGAGGAAUUAUUGAAAAAACAAACAUAUAACUUGAUGAAACAACUUGCCAGAAAAAUCGUGUACCAAACAGAUCAAACAAUGAAUGGUGAAACAAAGACUGAAUUAACUGAAAAAACAGAAUUCAGUAUGCGUGAGUCAGUGUAUACUUUGAUUCGUAAAAAACCCCAGAAAAAAAAAAAAGAGGGUGUCAAGAGUCAAGUACUGAAGCAGAACACCAGAUCUCUGCAUUAUAGUAAUAUCUGUCAAAUGAUAAAAAACAACACAACUAAGUUAAUAAGGAAUAAGUUGACAUUACACGAAAAAUCGAAAAAAAUAGUCAAAAAAAGGACGUAUAACAGAGAAAAAUCUCUUACAGGAAAUAUAGAAUCGAUGGAAAAGUUGUUGUCGUGUUGGAAAAAAGAUUUUAAAAGGAAAGCAAUUGUAGAAGAUUUAAAAUGGUCUAUGAAAUCCAUUUACAAGAGCUUCACUAUGCGAAACGAGAUAAUGGAGCAGCACAUUGAGCCGGUGGCGAUAGUUCCUCCACUCUCCCUGCCGAUGUGGGCUAAAGCUCUGGACGAGCCUCCGCACACAGUCAUCUUACGAAGGACUCCUUCCUUGAAUUCAUUUUUCGAUCAGCGCACCCUGAGGUCGAAGGUGAUCAUGAGGAGGAGGAUGAGGAACGGGUCGCGGAAACCCAAUUCCUGCGUGAUCCCGACCGAGACCCUGGCGAGGGCCCUCAACAACCAGAAGUGGAACAAGGGGCCUAGGCAGGUCCCCGUUUCGACUUUCCAGGCAACCAGGAUCCACUACCGCUUCCUCCUUGCCAAGUAUGGCAAGUCCAGGCUCAUGGGGAGGCAAAGAGUGUACCCUAACUCAAUUAAAUCAAAUGUACACUCCAAUUUUUCUGUUAUUAAUCUACUCCAUGAUGUUGAAGAGGCUAUUUCACAAAACAAAUAUUCAAAAGAGACAGAUAGAAUAGUAAAAAACUUCAAAGAGGAAUUAAAUAAAGAUCUUCUCAAUAAUGAACCCAUAAAUAAAAAAUAUAAAUAUCAAAUAGGCAAUCCAAACAAUUCUGGUACAAGAAAAAAAAGCAAAUUAACAAAACUAUCAAGUGUGAUAAGUUUAUCAGAGCUUGUUGAAAAACUAGGAGGAAAUGACUCAGAAGAGAGUUGUAAUGACUUAGAGUCUGUUCAAGAAAGUAAAUCAGAAUCUUGUAUCGAAACUGGGCAUUCACAAUAUCUAAAUACAAACAAACCAGUAAUUAAUUCAUUAGUGGAUUCAGAUUCAAAUAGUAAAUUAUUCAAAUCGUUGAAUAAUGACUUUCCAAUUACCGAUGCUUCUAAUAAGUUAAAAAAUAAUGUUGAAGAUAUAGAAGGAUCCAAAGUCUCUCCAAACAAAAAGUUUAUUUCAAAAGAAAAAAGAAAUAUAAAGAAAAAAAAAACUUUAAUGAAAGAAACUAAACCAGAAAAUAUUUCCGAAGAAGAAAGGCUUAAUGCAAUUUUACAAGAAUUACAAAAACAAGUUAAAGUUUCAGAACCUCCUACACCUAUAUUCUUGACAAAGAACGAUUCACUUACUGAAUUAAAUUUUGAAAAAGAACCAUGUACCUAUCUCAGCAUGCACCCAUCAUCUAUCACACUCGAUAGUGAUAGCCAAACAAGCCAUUUGGAAUCCACCCCACAAAAAGAAUGUAGUAUUACAGAACUAUCAGAACAGGAGUCAAAGCACUCACUACUGCCACCCUCAGAACCUGUGCCAAUCAUAAAAAAGAAGAAACCACUGAAAAGUGAACACUCUUCGUCUAAAUCAUACUCAUUCCGAAUAGAUUAUGAAUGUAUAAAAAACAAACCUAUGAGCAUAUGUAAUAUUAUAACUGCCCUAGAACGAGUCAACAAGCUUCUUCAGAAUAUCCCGAUUCAAUACGACAAACAUACAGGUCGUCCUUACAUAGUAUAUGACCCUAAAACAAUAGUUAAAGUGAUUAAAGAGGUCAACAUUAAACAUGAAUACAAAAUGGUUGUAAAAAAGUAUAAUAAAAAGGCAAAAAUCGAUUCAGAUACAGAUAAAAGUAUAUGUGAGACUAAUAAAAUGAAAACUAGUAAAAUUGAAACAAUUAAAAAAGAUGAAAAGGGUUUAACAGAAGUUGGAAAUCAAUUGUUACAAUGUAUUUUGAAUUUAAUGGAACCGUCAAAUCUCAAUGAAAGUAUCUGUUGUAUAAAGGAUCAAGAUGAGUACAAUAAGUAUUCUCAAACAUUUGACCAGGAAAAUUCUGAUAUUGAUCAAUCAUUAGAAGACAUGACUGGCAGUAGAUCCAUUGAUCAGCUAACAUACACAACAGAAACAUUGCAAUAUAAGAAAAUAUACUUUGAACAGAUAAUUAAAAUAGCAUCAGCUUAUCAAAUAAAUGGUAUUUAUCAUCAAGCAAUUAUUUAUAUGGAUAGGCAAGAAUACUUCAACACCAUUGAAUCAACAACUUGUCAAAAAGUCCAGAUAAAAAUGCACAACACUAAACAAAGUAAAGAAAAAAACACAACCAAAUUUUCAAAUGGCACUUAUGCAGAAUUAAAAGAGAAAUACAUGGUAGAAUUCAGAGAACGCAAGAAUAUACCAAAUGAGCUGAGUAAGAAGUACUGCAGGUAUUCAACAAAUGAAAAUCCCAAGCAAACUCAGACCAACAUAUCACAAAAGUAUUACCACCAAUAUAACAAAACCAGGAAGUUAUUAUUGUCUAAAUAUGAAAUCAAAAGAAAUAUAAAAAAAGAAUCUGUAGAAAAAGGUCUUAAUAAGGGUUGUCUUAAAACAGAUGAAUCUGAAAGCCACAAUAACAAUGAGAAGAAUGUAAAAACCAAUUAUUCUAGUAAACAUGGCCUGUUUAGAACUGUCGAUAAACCUGAAAAUACAAGUCAGAUUACAUACAUUCCUACGGUACACAACAAUGAAAAAUCUCACAUUCAUUUUGAAAAAAGGUACAAAACUAUUAAAGAUGUAGAAUUAAUUCAAUCCCAUAAGAGAAAAGAUAUAAAAAAUAAUUACACAAAGGGAUACAAUAGGCCCCACUUUAAUCCUUUAAGUACAUUUGAUACUAUGGGUCAGAUGAAUACUAACAAAAAUGAUUUAUUAGUUAACAAACAGAAUAUUUCAGAAGGAUUUGGUGGCUUUGCACUCAAUAAAUCAAUAAUGAACAGUAUGCUCAGAUCAGUUUCCAUAAACACCAUACCCAACACAUAUCCAAUGAGGAAGGACAUAACAAAACAAAUUUUUUAUUUUCAAAUAACAUAUCCCUUUAUCAAAGAUUUAAAUGAUUUCUACAAGAAACGACCUUCCCAAGAAUACUUUAAACCUUCAGAAGAUGAUAUAUUCAGCAAAUUCAUCUACUACAAAGAAAAUAGUAAGUCACAAACAUACAAGAAUGAUAUUAAUCAACAAGUAAUAGACUCAGUAAAUACAAUUAAAAAUGAUUUGAACAAUAAUAUCAACAAUAUCUGUCAAAUAGUAAACAUAGAUAAUCAGCUUCUGACACGGUUCCUGAAAAUCUGUUUAAAACAAAAUGAGCUUGAUUUUGAAGAGGAUAAAAAAUUGUUGAUACUUGAAACAGAAAUGGAAGAAUUAAAAUCUCUAAUGGAGAAACGUUUAGAUAAAAAAACAGUGCCUGUAAGACCAAUACAAAGGAAAAUAAAAGAACCUGGUAUCAGCGGACAACAAAAAAUUCAUGUGCUUGAUAACAACUCGAAGAUAAAGCAGAAAAUUUUAAAAAAUGGAUUAAAUAUGAAAGAAAUCAAUACAAAUCAAUUAUUUGGCAAUAAGGGGCGGUAUAAUGAAACAAGAAAUCCAGUUAUUGAAGAUCUAUAUGAUAUCUCCAAGAAACUAUCUAAAGAAUUCUUUGAAGUUUCACAAAAUGUAAUAUUAAGUGAAUUCAUCAAUUAUGAAGAAAGCGGUAAGUUGCAAGCAUACAAAAAAGACUUUAAUCAAUCAGCAAUGGAUUCAGUAAAUACAAUUGAAAAUGAAUUAAACAAGUACAUCAUUAAUAUUAGUAAAAUAGCAAACAUAAAUAACCAAAUUCUGAUAAAAUUCUUGAAGAUUUGUUUAAAACAAAAAGAGACAGGUAUGAAAGAGGAUGAAAAAUCAUAUAUAUUUGAAAAAGAAAUGAAAGAAUUAAAAUCACUUAUAGAAGAACACUUAGGUAAAAAAACAAAUCCCUUAAAAUUAAUACAAACAAAACAAAAAGGACCUUGUACCAGUGGGUAUAAGAAAAUGAUUUUAUUUGAUAUCAACUUGAAGAUUGUGCAGUCAGUUUUAAAAAACAAACUGAAUAUGGAAGAAACUACAAUAAAUCAACACAUAAACAAUAACAGCUGGUGCCUUGACUUAUUGAGAUUCUUGAAUUUCCUCAUGUUGAUUUACACCCUCUUUUCCAUCUUCAAUUAAUUCACAGGAAAAAAAAUGCGGGUUUUUGAUUCAAUUAACUUUAUUUAUUAAAAUACAAACAUAAUCGAUUUCAUAUUCGUUAUAGAGAGUUUUAAUAACAAUCAUAGCAUAAAUUUGUUAUCUUUUUUUUUUAUUAAUGAAUAAAUUUAGCACAACUAGAAGAAAGAAAGUAGAAAAUUAUGUUUCUUUUCGCCUAUUUGCUUUGGAACGACGACCUCUAUGACGAAAAGGAUGCUUUCUAGAGGAAUGUUUUGAGUGUUUAGCCAAUGGUACAGCAUAAUGCAGAUUUCGUGUAGGAUCUCCGCAUUCAAUUUGUUGCAUAGGAAACAUAUAUUCCAAAGUGAUGUCAUACCUAUGAA